GUCGGUCGGUCAUACUCUGUAGCUACACAACACAAAACUCUCCUCCCCUUCGAACAAAACACAAAACGGUUCAUCGAGCAGAACUAUCGAACGAGAAGACGGUCAAUAUACCUAAACCAGGGCACCACCAACGGAUAUACGCAGACCGGAAGAAGGAGGCAGCAUUCUACAACUGGGAGAGAAGCGAGGGCAGACAAACAAGGGAAAAAGAAAAAGAGAGUGAAAAAAAAAAGCCGAAAACCAAAAUUACACAAUGGCACCAUCUGCCAAAAGCCCCAACGCCACAUCAAAGGCAAAACUCGCGGCAAGAGCACAGACGAGAAAGAAACAGGUGCAGCAAUCCCAGAAGCGAGACCAGGACAAGGUCGCCAAGCGGGAUGCGCGGCGCGGCGCGAGGCCAGGCCUGCUGCCGACAAGCGGCCCGAACAGAGCGCUGAGUAGGAAGAAGGCGCGCAAGGUCGAAAAGGCGCUUGCGCACGCUCUAAAGCGGAAAGCUGAGGCUGAGGGGGGUAUGGUUACCGAGGGCGACGCGCCGGACGAAGAUACAACAAAUGCAAAGAAGGAAGGGAAAGGUCGGAAAGAGGAGCCGAAGGAAGAGAUGGACGUUGAUGAUAUUGCGUAGCGCCUGGACGAGUUGUAGGCGCAUAUUCCACAUUCGUGCCGUCGGAGCAUGGGCACAUAUACAACUUAUACAAACCUACCGAAGAGACCUGCACAAGCAGAGGUCCUUCAGAGGGUGUCAGAGCUUGUACAUAUGCGGAAAAAAAGAGGGGUAACAGUAUAUUGCCUCUGGGAUUAUAUUCCAGGACUCGGUGACGCAAUGGCGUCGAAUGCAAAACUACCUUACCUUAAGAAUGCCC